AAAAGAUAAAGGGUACUAAAGUAAAAUUAAAGACACGUCUUGAAAGCUUACAAACCCCCACUCUAAACAAAGGCGAAGAAUACGCAGAAUCCAUCCAAUUUAGAGAGUGUUAGGUCUUCCCCUAAUCUGUUAACCUUUGAUCCGUUUUCCCGAUCCGACUAGAGGCCAAAACGACGACGAAGAAGAAAGACGCAGCACCAUAAAGAAAGAUGGGCGCGAAUUCGAUUCCGACGGACGCAACGCUCGAUCUAGAUGAGCAGAUCUCCCAGCUCAUGCAGUGCAAGCCUCUCUCCGAGCAACAGGUCAGAGCAUUAUGCGAGAAAGCUAAGGAGAUUUUGAUGGAUGAAAGCAACGUUCAGCCUGUCAAAAGUCCAGUAACAAUCUGUGGUGAUAUUCACGGACAAUUCCAUGAUCUUGCAGAGCUUUUCCGUAUUGGAGGAAUGUGCCCGGAUACCAACUAUCUAUUUAUGGGAGACUAUGUCGACCGUGGAUAUUAUUCUGUCGAAACUGUUACGCUGCUAGUUGGCUUGAAAGUACGGUAUCCUCAGCGCAUCACUAUUCUUAGAGGGAACCAUGAAAGUCGUCAGAUUACUCAAGUUUAUGGAUUUUAUGAUGAAUGCCUGCGAAAGUAUGGAAAUGCAAAUGUUUGGAAGAUAUUUACGGACCUCUUUGACUAUUUCCCCCUAACAGCCUUGGUGGAGUCGGAAAUAUUCUGCCUUCACGGUGGAUUGUCACCGUCUAUCGAGACCCUUGACAACAUUAGGAACUUUGAUCGGGUUCAAGAAGUUCCACAUGAAGGGCCGAUGUGUGACUUAUUAUGGUCUGAUCCUGAUGACAGAUGUGGCUGGGGAAUCUCUCCUCGUGGUGCGGGAUAUACAUUUGGUCAGGACAUUUCCGAACAAUUCAACCACUCUAAUAGCUUAAAACUGAUCGCUCGAGCGCAUCAACUGGUGAUGGAUGGAUUCAACUGGGCACACGAGCAAAAGGUGGUUACAAUCUUCAGUGCACCAAACUAUUGCUAUCGCUGUGGAAACAUGGCCUCCAUUCUCGAGGUCGAUGACUGCAGGAACCACACCUUCAUUCAGUUUGAACCAGCCCCAAGGAGAGGAGAACCAGAUGUGACCCGAAGGACUCCCGACUACUUCCUAUAA